AUGUUCGUAAACUACACGGAACCAAUCGUUCGCUGUGCAACACGAUCGCUACUCCCAGUGAGAAGAAAAAACACAGAAUUGGACACUGGAUUUGGCGCCAAACGGCACAGUUCUCUAACCUCAAAAGGAAUACUUAGUGAAGGAAGAGUUUUUAAUAACAUUAUCCAAUGGAAUGAGAUAUGGCGCACAAGUGGCAUCACCCUAGUGGUGGAUACGAUUGAUGCACACUUCUGGGGAUCAGAUAGAUCACCAAACUAA